AUUGUGGGGUGGCGGCGGGGCGGCGGCGGCGUGGGACGGGGCGCCAUGGCCUCCUGGGCCGCCAGCAUCGUGGAGUAUUUCGAGGGCGAGGACGCCUACCGCUGCGGCUACUGCAAGAGCCAGGCGGGCAGCCGCUCCAGCGGAAUGUGGGCGCACUCCUUGACAGUCCAGGAUUACCAGGACCUCAUAGACCGAGGAUGGCGACGAAGCGGGAAAUACGUGUACAAGCCUGUCAUGAACCAAACAUGUUGCCCUCAGUACACAAUAAGGUGCCAACCUUUAGAGUUUCAGCCAUCCAAAUCUCAUAAGAAAGUUUUGAAAAAGAUGUUGAGAUUUCUGGCUAAAGGUGACAUUUCCAAAGGAAAUAGUAAGGAUGAGCCCAUGGAGCCCAUCACGGAGGAUGCUGUUGCUGGCGACUUUGCAUUAAUAAACAAACUGGACAUUCAGUGUGACCUGAAAGCACUCACAGAUGACCUCCAAGCAAGCUUACAGAAUGAAGAGAAGAGGAAAGGGAGAAGUUGCAAGAAAGAAGACUCAAAGGAGUUAAUUCAUCCCCAAGACAUAGAAGAGAAGCUGGGUUCUGGAGAACCAUCGCAUUCCGUGAAACUGCCUGCGGGUCCUAAACCAGGCAAAGGAGCUGAUCUGAGUAAACCUCCGUGUCGAAAAGCAAAGGAGAUCCGGAAAGAAAGGAAGAGGUUGAAACUCAUGCAACAGAACCCAGCCGGAGCGCCUGAGCCGCCAUCUUUGUUCCCACCAAAGACCAAUAAAGCCAACCAGCCCAAGUCACUGGAAGAUUUUAUUUUUGAAUCGCUGCCUGCGGACGCACCACACAAAUUAGAGGUGAGGCUGGUGAGAUCAUCUCCACCAAGUUCUCAGUUCAAAGCCACAUUUCAGGAGUCUUUCCAGGUCUAUAAACGUUACCAGAUGGUUAUUCACGAGGACCCACCUGAUAAACCAACUGUGAGCCAGGUGAGGUUAGUGCCUGUCUCCUUUGAGGACCCAGAGUUCAAGUCGUCCUUCAACCAGUCUUUUUCUUUGUAUGUCAAGUAUCAAAUGGCCAUCCACCAGGAUCCGCCUGAUGAAUGUGGGAAGACCGAGUUCACAAGAUUCCUUUGCAACUCACCUUUGGAGGCAGGAAGUCUGCCCGAUGGACCCGACUGCGGCUACGGCUCCUUCCACCAGCAGUACUGGCUAGACGGAAAGAUCAUUGCUGUGGGGGUGAUUGACAUCCUCCCCUACUGCGUGUCGUCUGUGUAUCUGUACUACGACCCUGACUACUCAUUUCUGUCUCUGGGCGUCUAUUCUGCACUACGGGAGAUUGCUUUCACGAGGCAGCUUCACCAGAAGUCAGCUCCCCUCAGCUACUAUUAUAUGGGCUUCUACAUCCACUCAUGUCCCAAGAUGAGAUAUAAGUGGACGAAGGUCGCAGCAAGGAGCCCGACCGGCUGCGGGUGUUUCACAAGAAAGCCGUCCUGCCCUACGGCGUCUACAAGAAGCAGCGGAAGGACGCAGGCGAGGAGGCCACCGUGCUGCAGUACGCCAGCCUGGUGGGGCAGCAGUGCUCCGAGCGGAUGCUGCUCUUCAGAAACUGACAACCCUCUGCAGGGCAGACCUUUCUACUUCGACCAUCAGUGGCUUUUCUGAAAUGUGCUGUGGCAACGUAUCUGUGAGAAUCUCAUGGUUAACAUAAAGUUUUUUUUUUUUUUCUUCUUCUUCUUCUUCUUCUUCUCCUCCUCCUCCUCCUCCUCCUCCUCCUCCUCCUCCUCCUCCCCCCCCUCCCCCUCCCCCUCCCCCUCCCCCUCCCCCUCCCCCUCCCCCUCCCCCUCCUCCUCCUCCUUCUUCUUCUUCUUCUUCUUCUAGCCCUAACCUGCUCCUUGGGGCUUCCCAUUUUGGAAGUCUGUUGCAUGAACAAGAUCUGGUCAGCUCCUCUCGUUAACGCACAAGACAAGUAAGGGAUUCUCAAGUCACGUCAGUGGCAGUGGGAGAGUUUAAAACAGACUGUUCCCCUCAGAUCCAGCCAAACCGUUAGAUUUAUGGUAAAACAACUGUGGGGAACAAGGUGGGAGGUUUUUCUUUUUUCACCACGUAGAAAACGUCUGAACACAACUGUACUGUUAAUUUGGUGUCCAAGAUUAAACUUGCGUCAAAUGUUGUAUUGCAUAGUUGGACAGAGAACUUGAGAAAGGCCAGUGCCAACACUGGAAUGGUAUCACGUUGACAUGUCAGUGGUCCGUUUACUGGGCUGGUCUCCUUGACGUCCCUAGUCUAAGCAUGAUUUUUUUUUUUUUUCUCCCAGCAUAAUCUCCACUCUCAAAGUAUUCCUGUUGGACAAUAAAAUAAAUCUUUCCCCCUAGUUAUGUAUUAUUCACUCUGUUCCUGAAGGUCUCAGAAAUGGAAUUAAUUCUGGAUCCAAGCCCCGUCAAAAGUAGAUCCAUGUUAAGCGUCUGAUGUCAUCAGGAUAGUGCACGUUGGCUGGACUCUUCUUGACUUCUGGUUACAGAGACCUGAGGCAACCCACCUCCUGCCCUUUGAUCUGAGCGAGAGGAGACACUGCACUUAGUGCUUUCCUCUGGGGCCUGGACCCUCCCCCUGUCCAUCUGCAUUUUUGCCUAUUUAGCAUGUUUCUCUUGCCCACCUGUGUAGGAUGCCAAGAAGGACAUGUGUCUUUUCACGGUUAGAGUGGGAUUGUGUUAGCCCUGGAGUGGGGUGCAGAGCAGACAAGUCACCUCCCUGGGCCCUUUCUCAGCCGUCCCCAUCUGCUGCUGCUGCCGCUGCCUGGCAGCCGAGUCAUUUCCAGGCCUGUUCUUGCCGCUGUCCCAUUUUCUCCUCAAUGGUCUUGUUUAAAAGCCACAUUAUAAAACUUCGUUGUUUGAAUUCCAUUGCUGAUUAUAAACUUCUCUUCUACACCUACUAAAUGGACGUAAUCAUUUCAGCUAGAAUAGAAGGAGGCUCCCUCACCGCCACCCCAAGCAGUGAUUCUCAAAGCCAAAAGUCUAGAAAUUAGAAGUCCAAAUAAACUGUAUUUAUGCCUUCAGAGAAGUGCGAGAAGGAGCCUACCAGGUGCAGGCACUUUGCUGCUGUCUUCUCUAGUAGCCUGGACUGAUGGACUUCUCUCCUUCAACACCGUCUCCCAGGAGCACUUGACAGACUCUCCCUCGCAAUGGCCCUUAAAAAUCGACAGUCCUUGAAUAUCAAGUGAAGGGGAAAGUUGAAGCUUCCGAUUUACACACAAACAUCCUUGGGUCCCUGCAGUGUGUUCUGGGUUGCCUCAGAUGAUCGGUCAUGAAGACUCUUCCACUUAGUUCUUGUGUUCACACGUUGUAUUUUGGAGAUAAUACAGUCUAGUGAUCCAGUGAACAGUCCCCCCUCAGAGAGAGAGAUACCACAGCACCUAAACUUCCAUUGAUGCAGAGAAGGCCGGGGUCACCUGUGGGUCAUCACGGCAACGCGUCACACUAAGUGGGCCAUUUUGCUGGCGCCAGUGAACCUUCAGAAGGCAAGUCAGCGUGGUUAGCGGACUAGCUAGACAGUAAGGACUUUUCUUAAUGGUUUGGUUUCUUUUCUCUUUAAAACGCAGCGCCAGGGCGGGAGCUGAGGCGUGAUACUGCCGAGCAGUUUCUCCAACCCACUUUCUAAAACACGCGCCUAGAGAGAGAGAGAGAAAGAGACUGCGGCAUGGUCCCACCAUCUCUGCAGCUCCCUUCGGUGCUGUCCACGGUGCCCUGUGCCUCAUGCCCCUGGUCCUCCUCUGUUAGUGGCCUUCACCUAAAGAGAGACACAGAAGGCCCUUCCAAACGCAGUUUCAAGCCCUUCAAGGCUGGAAGGUUCUGCGUCUGCAGACCCAGUGUUGCUCCUCUCUUCUGAUUCCAAAUAAACUCGCCCCGGUUUUCCUGUCGUGGAAGCAAAAAGUGUAAUGAAGAUUCCCCGUGCUACCUACCAUCUUUACAUGAUUUCAGCUCUGUGAGACUCGUGAUCUGAUCUUUUUUUUUUUUUUUUAAAUGUAUCCUGAGCACUUUUUAUAUCCUAAAGCAUAGAGGCUACUAUCAGAUGAAUAUAUUACUUGUUUAAAUUAUUUAGAUAAAUCAUUUGUUUGCUUUCAGUUUAUCUUACUAUCUGUUUUGCAAAAAUAUCAGUUAUAUGUGAUUUCUUAACAUAUCAGAAGCUGUUACGUACAUGAACUUUUUCAGGUUUUUGAACAGCCUGGUUGAUAGACUUUAUAUUACUUCAGUAUGAAUAAAGAUGAGAGAGAAUAUGGUGACCAUUUAUCUAAUAUGUGUCCGUUGUUGCUAAUUUUAAGAAGGAAAUGAAAAGGAAACACUGGGGAAAUACUCGAAUUAGAAGUUAUCUGAGUAUGUCUUCUUUUCAGAAGAGAAGCAGUAGCUGUCAAGCAAAGCAAGUUUGAUUAUAUGUGAUCGUUUUUGUUCUUGCAUUAUAUGUCUCUCUUUUUUUUUUGAACAGUCCAUUUGAUGAAGCUUGAAUGGAAGAAAUAAAAUGGUUUCUAUGGACAGGGGUUCUCACUGGACCUGGGUUUUCAUCCUUUAAACUCUUGGGUGCAUUUUACCUAUAGGGAAUGUGUAAAAAAAAAAAUUGACUAUAUCGGGAGUCGGGUGGUAGCGUAGCAGGUUAAGCGCACAUGUGGCACGAAGCGCAAGGGCCGGUGCAAGGUGCCCGGUUCGAGCCCCGGCUCCUCACCUGCAGGGGAGUCGCUUCACAGGCGGUGAAGCAGGUCUGCAGGUGUCUGUCUUUCUCUCCCCCUCUCUGUCUUGCCCUCCUCUCUCCAUUUCUCUCUGUCCUAUCUAACAAUGACAUCGGUAACAACAACAAUAACUACAACAAUAAAAAAACAACAAAAGCAACAAAAGAGAAAAUAAAAUUUUUUAAAAAUUUAAAAAGUAUAAAAAAUUGGCUAUAUCAAUAUUUAAUUUUCAGUAAUUAGAAUCUGAGAUAUCUUGGUUAGCAAGUCAAAGCAUAAUGAAUCUCUUUCCUUCUGGAUAAGUAAGGUAAAAUAAAUCUCACUUAAAGCAACAAAGUCUGGAUGUACACAAGACAAAUUAGAGAAGGGGCAUCUUUCUACUAAAGGGAUUUGAAAUAAGAUUUAUCUAGUAAACGUGAACAUAAUUUCUCUUAAAGAGUUUAAUUUGCAGAGAAUUUUCAUAAAUAUCUCAGAGAGCCCAUGGCUUUCAUCAUUCACAAUAAUGCAGAAUAUAUGAAGACAUUUACAAGUGUUUUGUCUUUUCACAGAACAGAGGACCUUGGGUACAUUUAUGAUCAAAUGAAUCCUGCUUUCCCAAUGACUGAAAAAUUAGUUAUAGUUCCCACUGAUAUUUUCUUCCAGAAUGGGAAUAGCUUUGUUAUUUAUCUUGUUUAAAAUGGACUGUGUUUGCCAGAGAAAAACAUAACUGAAGGAAAUAAAUAAAUCACCUGCAGCCCCACCCCCAACCACCGCUGCAUUCUGCUGUCUGCGCUUUUCAAACAUUCUUCUACCUACAAAUAUGUGUAUGCUUUAUUUUUUCAAUAAAAAUGGCACCAUACUA